AUGAUGAAUCUCCAAGGUCCAGUCUCAAGGACUACUCCAGGAGGAGGGAGUGCCUCUCUGGAAGCGUUAGUACGCGCUAUUGAACAUCAGCACCUAGAUUUAUUAGAAUCCCUCGAGCCACUUACAUCGCAAUCACCAAAACACAUAUUUUUCGUCACUGCCGCUCCUCCCGAUGAUAGCCAAAGACCGCUUUGGAACAAGUCCAAUAAAUUCGAUGAUUUUGGGUGGUCCCAUUGUGAAGAGUGGCUAAAACAGGCUGAUGAUUCCAAGAAAUCUAUAGCAUUGACAAUGAUAUACAGCAGGCUGCCACCUCACCCAAGAUAUCUCAGCCUUCAUGCCUCCCUUAACCCAGUACCAAUCGAGCCAAUUCCUCCUUCGGGGCCAGUGAGGAUAUCACUCUCGUUGCCCAUAUGGUCUAUAAUGCGCCCAGGUGGACAUCAAAGUGGCCAGAGUGGGCCUACCCCUGCUCCGGCUACCGCAACUCCUUCACCUAACAUAGUUGCUAGUCCAGCCCCCAUCGCGAGUUCUCCGAACGCAACCCGCAAAAGGAAAGCCCCCGAUGAACCUCAACUAAGUCCCCGUCGAGUCAAGUUCCCUCCUGGGACAGUCGGGGGUUCUGGCAAUGCAAAUACACCUUCCUCGAGCUCUGUGAGCUCUGUUCCACCAAGGCCUACGUCAGUUUCGGGGGUGCGUGUGGUACCAGAACCAAAACCAGAAAAUACACCCAGUCACCCGGCAAAUCGAAACAUUAGCCAACAACCAGCCUCUGUCUCCCUGGGAGAGCGAAAUAAUCAAGCCACUUCACAAUCCCAGUACCCUACUCAGUCGAUACCAUCUAAUCCACCCGGUACUAACACGAAUUUACCUCCUGUUGGGCGACCUCCGUCAACCCAGCCAUCCUCUUCACAAACUGUGCAACAGAACUCCUAUCCACAGGAUCAAUCUACUUCUAUUGCUGCUCUAGGAGGCGCACAAGGAAAGUAUGACCUUAUGGGGUUACUUCCGGAACAUAUAGCUCAAAUACAAAAGUUCGCCUCCAGUCCCCUUGAGCAAAAGCGUGAAAAUUUGAUGAAGCUUCAGAGAAUGCAGCAAGACUUGGAUAUGGCCGGAACAAAGUUUCAAGCAGAGAAUAGGCUUGCAGAGGCAAAAAAUGAAUUCUUGAAACGCGACAAGAUACGAGAAUGGAUCAAACGUCUUAACUCCGCUGGCCCUGCUGUACAGGGAAUCCUUACUGAUAGUAACAUUGGUACUACCAAUCCUGAAGCCACGAAUAAUAUUGGUGGGGGACCUGCUCCAAGUGGGCCGACAAUGGCGAUAAAUCCUCAAGUACCUAGCGCCCCGGGAAAUCCUGACCGAACAGCAGCACCAAUCACAAACAUCCCUCCCACACAGAGUAUAGACCAGAAUACCAGCAUCAUCUCCGCACCCACAUCUACUAGUACAGCACCUAUCAGUCAAACUGGCACAGGUCCGGUUGGCACCCAAUUAGUAUGGAAGGGCGUCCUAUCCGUCACAAAUCAAGAGGGAAAUCGAGUGAUGCCAGAGAUAUUGGUGUCAAUGUUUCCUCUCAAAUCAAGUACAAACCAGUAUGUUUUAAUUGGUGGAUACCUUUCUACACAGUCUAAAUUUGGAUUUAGUCAGGUCUCAUUGAGCACGUGGCCCAAUCAACUUUAUAUGCAGCCAAUACGACAUCAAACGCCCUCCCAUGAACUUGUGACUUGGUUGCAAGAGAAUAAGCCUGAAGGGGUUUACUGUGUCAAAGUUUUACAGCUGGACAUUUGGUCUGGGGGAAUACAACAACUGCAACAAGUCCAAAGAUUUAAUACCCUGAGGAACGCUGUCAUCAAUAAUAAACUC